GCAGCACAGAGGGCUUUACUACAGUUAGGAUACUCGACACUACAAACUUGGACCGUCUUUCUCAAAAACAUUUGAGUUUCUCGCUUUUAUGAGGCGUGAAUUAUAGUAUGAAGUACAGCACAUAAGCUGUUUUCUGUAGGUUUAACUUUACAGAACAAGCGCUUUGGAUCUCCUGCUGGUUUUUUCUUCACUUUGUUUUUCCCCCCAGCAUUCCUUUUUUCUUGCAGAAACAGAUGCGUCUGCCUUUUCAUGCGUGAAAUAAUUGUUCACUGUUGAAGAGCUGUGACCCUCGCAACUAUCCCUGACUACAAAGUAAGGACCAUCUCGUCGCCAUGUCCUUUGAGGAAGUCGAAGACCCCUACAUCUUCUCCACCGACACUCUACCCAGCGACCGCCGCUUCCUCCCUCCUCUGGCCAAUGGGCUGCUGGGAUGGAGGGUGUACAACAACAUCAUGCACAUGGGUGGCGUGUAUAACGGGGAGGGGGGACGAUGUCACCGAGCAGACGUCCCCUGUCCCCUCGCCGUGAGGGUAGAGUCAGAAGAACCAGGCCAGAACACAUACAGCAUGAACACACACACAGGCAUUUUUACCCACACUCUGAGCUCGGCAAGUGUAUCGGUGACACAGUCUCUGUACUCCCACCGACAUUACCCCAACAUGAUGGUGAUGGAGGUCCUGAUGGUGCGCCAGGUGACUUCAGAGGAGCCGAUCACUGUCAAUCUGGUCGGUUCAUUCACACCUCAGAGCAAAGACAUCGUUUUCGAGUCUGGUCCUGAUUACAAAGGAGGAAGUUACAUCAAUGGAAAGGUGUCCACAGCUGAGUACCCAGGAGGUUCCUGCCCAGCAGUGCACCUUAUCUGGACCCCCAUCCCCCCCACCCUGAUGCUGAAUGCAGACCAGAGCCAGGGUCGAUGGGGCUUCGUCCUGGUUGUGGCCAACAGUUUAGAGUCUGCCGAGGCCAAAUACGACGAGAGCCUGGAUCUGAUGGCGACUGGUAACCUGCGUCCGUCUCACGAGAAGGCCUGGAAAGAGCUGUGGCUGCAGAGCACGGUGGAGGUGACGGGGUCAGACAGCCUCUGCAAGGCUCUGAUUGGCAGCAUGUUUUACCUCCUCAGUGCUUUCGCCUCCAUCAACGACACCUGCAGCUCCUUUGGGGGAGUCAGUCCCGGCGGGCUGUCUAAUGGAGGGGAUGGUCAGGACUACUGGGGACAUAUUUUCUGGGACCAGGACAUUUGGAUGUAUCCUGCCAUAGCCCUCUUCUACCCCAAGCUAGCCAGAUCUGUGCUGGAGUACAGGGUGGGGACUGUGGAAGGUGCAAGAGACAACGCCCAAAAGCAGGGCUUCAAGGGACUGAAGUUCCCGUGGGAGAGUGCAGUGUCAGGCCGGGAGGUGUGUCCCGAGGACAUUUAUGGACAACAAGAGAUUCACAUAAAUGGAGACGUCACCCUGGCCUUCCAACACUAUCUCUACCUCACUGAGGAUCUGUCCAUGUUCACAGAGGGCAAGGGCAAGGAGGUGAUAUACGGGGUGGCUGAUUACUGGGUUUCAAGGGUAUCAUGGAACCCUGAGGACAAGAAGUAUCAUCUCUUAGGUGUCAUGCCACCUGAUGAGUAUUAUUACAAUGUCAACAACUCAGUGUACACAAACACAGUGGCCAAAUUCAGUCUCCAGUUCGCUGUAGAGUUGGCUGAACUCCUCCAAGACCCUGCACCGAAGGAAUGGAAAGAAGUGGCCGAUCAACUCAAAAUACCUUUUGACGAAGAAUACCAGUACCAUCCGGAGUAUGACGGCUACAUCAAAGGUCAGCCAGUGAAGCAGGCAGACACGGUGAUGCUGGGAUACCCUCUUGGUUUGGAAAUGUCCCCAGAGAUCAGGAGAAAUGACCUGGAGGCGUACGAGCCAGUGACAGACCCUGAUGGUCCGGCCAUGACAUGGGGUAUGUUUGCAAUCGGCUGGCUGGAGCUGGGGGAGGCUGAGAAAGCUCAACAUUUACUUGAGAAGUGCUUCAAAAACAUCCAGAGACCGUUCCAGGUAUGGAGUGAAUCAUCCGAUGGCUCUGGUGCAGUUAACUUCCUCACAGGGAUGGGGGGAUUCCUGCAAGCUGUGCUCUUUGGUUAUACUGGCUUCAGAGUUCAGAAGGAAUGCCUGGCCUUUUCCCCACAUCUUCCCAAGGACAUAUCGGAGCUCUGUGUCCGCGGUGUGAGCUACCUGGGCAGUCAGAUGGACUGGCUGCUGAGGAAAGACGAGGUUUGUAUCAUACUGAGGGAACAGGGACAAACAGCUGGCAGCACUAAGCCCUGCGAUCUGCAGGUGGUCCUGAAGGCAUCAGGAACUAAAAUCCCUCUCACACCAGGGAAGCCGGUAACUUUUCCUCUGGAGCCCGGGUGUGUUUGUAAACUGGUUUCAAUGUCUUUCUGUUGGCCUCUCUGAAACAGCAACCAUCAUCAUUUCAUUUACACACAAUACAAAAUAUCUUCAUAUCAAUGCUACUGUUAAGUUGUAUGCUGCCAUUAACUUCAGCAAUAAUGGACAAAAUGUAUGAAAUUCCUAUAGUGCUAUCAUAAUAAUAUGCCAUGUUACAAAGUCAUGUAUCAAUGAUAUUGUAUUGUAAAUUAUAUAUUCAAAUAAAACUCAUUACACACUGUGCAAA